GAGGAAAGCCUGCUGGGAAAGAACGCGCUGUCACGGAUUGGACCCGCUUUGUUCCCGUAGUGACUUGGCGCUUUUAAAAUCUGGAAAAUUCAGUUAUUUUCUAACGUUAAGGUGUCAGGUUGUUGUGACGAGGUCGCUGCCACCACUUACAGAGCUCUUGUAUUUAUUUAUUCAGCUGUUACGUCGAGAUACUAAAUAAUACAACAUACUACCAUGCAUCUUCGGUUUGUGGCAUUACUCAAAUAGUUUAAAGCGAGUUCAGAAGUUAGCGGUGGCUGGUUUACGAGGGUUUGUGUACUUUAGUGGCUGGUGACUUACGGCAGAAUAAAAGUUAUAGUUGGCAAACUAUCUAGUUGGUGCAUGUUAGAAAAGCCAAUUUCAACGGGAAAUUAACUAACUUUAGUGGUAAAGCUGAGUGAAGUUUCGUAUGUCGUGUUUUAAAGUCUGUCACUAAUGUAAACCACGUGAGGUGACUUAACUACAUUAGGGGACGUUAUUUUGCUGUUUAGCUACGCAGCUAUAAUGCUGGUCUUGUGCAACUGAACUGGAUAUUGGUUUUCAGGUUAGCAAGCAGAGUCUUAGAAACACGAUGACACUCCGACUGUAUUCGCCAUCACAGCAGCAUUGAGGCAGUAAGAGGAGCGAUUAAAUAGCGAUUUCAGUGUUUCUGCAGAACUAUAUGGGCUAGACUGAAGUGUGCUUGCAAAAAGCCACGCUGUUAUAAUGUUUGAAGGUUUAGGCUCAGUAGACGCAGCUACCCGUGUGGAUGUCUCUUGCUGUUACUUGCUUUAAUGAGCUUAAUGCCGUCGAGGAAUGCGCCUUUGCUGAAGCUGUGGAGAAACUAAUCGCUUUUCGAGCAAUUUUUGGCCGCGGAUAAACAAGACAUGGCUGACUUCAGGACAUAUAAUGUGGUCAUUCUGGGAAUUGGGUUCUUAUUCAUUUUUACUGCCUUCACGACCUGCGGCAACAUAGAGCAAACUGUGGUGAAAAGUCUGCAUAAUGCUACUUUCAGUGGAAGUGGAUAUCACAGCCUUGGCAUAAUAUAUGGAAUUUUUUCAUUUGCAAAUUUAUUAGCCCCCACUGCUGUAGCAGUAAUUGGACCACGGUUUACUAUGUUCUUCAGUGGAAUUCUUUACAGCGGUUAUAUAGCUGUAUUCAUUUCUCCAUCAACCUGGUCCUUUUAUUUGACCUCAGUGCUAAUUGGUUUUGGAGCUGCUUUGCUUUGGACGGCUCAAGGACACUUUCUGGUGGAGAACUCUGAUGCCUCCACAAUUAACAGGAACACUGGAAUGUUUUGGGCUUUGUUGCAGUGCAGUAUGUUGUUUGGCAAUCUUUAUGUUUAUUUAGAUUGGAAAGGAAAAACUGAAAUUGCAGACAGAGACAGAAGGAUCAUGUUUAUUGCUCUGCUGAUCACCUCUGUGCUUGGAACACUAAGUUUCCUCAUUUUGAGAAAGUCUGAUCAGCAGGAGGAAGAGGUUCUCACCGAAGAGGAGGGACGGUCUUUGUUGUCAUCUCGACAAAUAUAUAAGCAGCGAGCCAACUCUGCUAUAAAGAGCGCCAGGACGGAGUUCAAGACCAUUUUGCACCUUUUUGGCACAAAAACUAUAUUACUUUUAAGCUUUUGCAUGGCAUACAGUGGUUUGGAGCUAUGUUUUUACAGUGGUGUAUACGGAACAUGCAUUGGAGCAACAACUCAAUUUGGAGACACAUCCAAAGCCUUGAUUGGAAUUUCAGGGAUCGUGGUGGGAUUUGGGGAAAUAGUUGGCGGAGGCCUGUUCGGACUUGUGUUGAAGAACAAUCGGUUCAGACGCACAUCGGUCGUCUUCCUUGGUAUGGUGGUGCAUUUUGUGGCCUUCUACUUAAUCUUCCUCAAUAUACCAGAUGAUGCUCCAGUAGUGUUCAAAACCAGGACACAGCACAAGCCUUAUUUGGCACCGAGCGUGUCCAUCGCCAUGCUGUGCAGCUUUCUUCUCGGGCUCGGGGACAGCUGCUUCAACACUCAGCUCUACAGUAUUCUUGGUCGAGUUUACUCAGAGCAAAGUGCUCCAGCCUUUGCUAUCUUUAAGUUUGUUCAGUCUAUCUUUGCAGCGGUGGCUUUCUUCUAUAGUGGCUACUUACUGCUGACCUGGCAGCUCCUGAUUAUGGUCAUCCUGGGUUUCACAGGCACUUUGUGCUUCUUCGUGGUGGAGAGGAUGCAGAAUGUCUCUGCUGAUCUGCCUGAAUACUAGCUCUUCUAGUAACAUUGUCUGUUUUUGCUGGGCAACAAAAGUAGUGCUAACACAAAAGUAUUUGCACUGUCUUUGUUGCAUCACCCAGCACUGCUAACGCCACAGUGCAAUUGAGAUUCACCUCAUUCCCAGAGCUUUAAACAGAACACUAAUGUGCUUGAGCUAUUUAAAGUAGCCAUGAACUUUAUUUUAAUUACACUGAUCUUUGCCUAGUGUGCGGGUUUAACAUACUGGAUGGUUGUGAUUGUUCUCUGUAACACAGCAGUGAUCUUAUGACUAAUGCUGUGGUGCUCUUUUUGCUGUGAUGCUAGCAGAAACUAUCACUGAUGAGUUGAGCCAGAGCUGACCUGCAUAAUUUUUAAACAUAGUGUUUUUCGAAAGUAUUCUGUCCAGUAAUUAUAGAAACAUUAUCUGUAUUACAAAUGAUACUAAACCUGUAUAUCUGUCCAGUAUAUUUAUUAUGAAUUCUUAUGUUCUAACAAAGCUUUCUGCAGGUACUAAAAGAAAAAUAAGUCACUGAAAUUUUACUUUACAUCUACCGGACAUGCUAAUGCAUCUUUGGCUGUAAUGAUAACUCUGCGUCAUUUGGGAUAAGGAUAUGCUUUGCUUGUGCAGUGUUUGCCAUUUGACUUGGCACACUGGAUAGAUAGCUUUUGCAGACUGUCAUUGUAGUGCUGCAGAUUCUCAAUGAGGUCUAGGUCAGGACAUUGGGUUAAUUGUAGGACAUUGACCUGUUUUGAGCAACUCCAGUGAUGCUUUGACCUUGUGCUUGAGAUCACUGUCCUACUCAAAAGUGAGCUUUCUCCCAAGAUUCAGUUUCUUAGUAGACUGAGGCAGGCUCUCUAUAGAGAGUAUUCCUCUGUAUUUUGUCCCAUCUGUUCUUUCAUUAUCUUUUUAAAGAUGGCCAGUCUUUUAAAAGAUUGAUCCUUAUGAAAGGUAUGAUACUGCCACCACCAUACUUGAAGGCAAGGCCGGACUGGUUUUCAGACUGGGAGUUACAUUAUGUAAAUCAGGACAACCCAACCUUUAACUGAACUUUCUGUGCUACCUUCUGUCCCUGUUUCAUCAGCUUGAUUACGUUCUGUGGCUGCAGAAAUGUACAGGAACAACAAUGCAAACAAUAUAAAGCCUUAAAGAAUAAGCCUGCAGGAUGCACAGAGUAGACGCUUUUCACAGGCUUACAAAAAAGGCAGCAUAUUAAGUAACAAGCAUAAUUGUAAACAUGUACACAUGAGGUGACAUAUAUAUGAUAUUGAUCCAGUCACUUUUUAGAAAUAGCCAACUUCUUUUUUUUAAUUACAAAACUUAAUUUUCAUCUUAACAUAUAAACUAUAUUGUAACUUACAUUGCAGUGAUGUGCAGUGUUGUUGGCAAAUAGUAGCCAGCACACUGGAAAUUCUUCUAAAGCUUCCAAUUACCCACUGGGGUGGUAUUUCUUCAGUCAUGGGCAGGAUUAGUUUGUUUUUCAGGAGUGGCUUUUCCUAGUGUCUAGGUGGUGUGAUCCAGCUUCCAUUUCCUGAGUACUGAUCCAACUGUGGUCACUGAGAUCCAAACAUUUUUUUUCUGAUUCAUACAUUGUACUUCACUAUCUCUUAUUUUAGUCAUUACAUUUUUAGUAUGAUUCUUAAACAGAAUUAUUUUUUUAGAAAAUGUGACAGUUACUUUUAAUAUGUCCAAUAAGGAGGCAAUUUUGCUCUUGUUAGUUUUUUUUUUUAAUCUGUGAAACUUUGGAGCAUCCAGAGAACAGGGAUUUGAAUUCUUUAAAAUAUCUGCAAACAAUUAACUUAUUUUGGAUUUAAAACUGUAUUGUUGGAGCAUAUGAAUUCACAGUGUCAUUUGUAAUCCAGAAAAUGCUGAUAACUGAAGGGGAUUGAAUAUUUUUGAUGCUCUAAUAGCUUGAGGUCAAUUGUUCAUUGAUUUAUUUUCCAUAUUGCUCCAGGAAAGCCAUUUCUUGGUGAGCAGCGUUAGGUAAUGGGUGAUGACAGUGCAUUCGCUAGCAUAAAACACUAAUCAUGUCAUUGAAAAAGUCUUUGGUUUUUUAACAUCUGUACUUAAGAGGUGCAGAUGUGACUGCACAAAGAGGAGUUGGACUUUAAAAUAUAUUUUAGAUAUUUGUUUCUGCCCCUCACUCUCUCAGGGUUCUGAUUACCACUAGAUCUGCUGACCAUGCUGUGUGUUAUGCAUGAUCAUGCAGUGUGGAUGAAUUUGGAACAUAUAAUGAAGUCCUUUGGCUGUUCUAAUGUUUGUUAUAAAAUGCACUGCCUAUGUACUUUUUAAUGAUUUUUUAUGAUGAAUAUAAUUCCCUAAAGUUUUUGUACCCAUAAUUGGUCUCUUCGUAAAUAUAACAUGCAAGUAAGUGACACAUUAAACAGACUAUGAAGUUAUUUGCCAAAGUCAAAUGCAUAUGAGGGUCUUUUUACUGGUUUAAAAAUCUGAACUGGUGUGAGCAACAUGGAGGAAGCCUUACCAGUUUGCAGUGUUAUAUAUGCCAUAUGUAGGGCCAUAGUGUUCAGUGUUUCAGCAUCUUUAUAAAUGGUAAUUAAUAUUGUUGAAAUCAAUUCUGUUCUGUCAGUAAUGUGUAGGAGGCUAACAACUGGUAGUCAAGCAGUCAAGUCCUAAAUUGCCAAAAUGUGUAACAACUAUGCAAGAAUGAACAGUAAUUAGUGUCAUAUUGUGAAUGUAGCUGUUUAUAUUCAAUAAUGUACCUGCAUUUUUUGUAUUCUAGCAAUAUGAUGCAUUUCAUCAUUUGAUCUUGUUAACAGACAAUCAUGAGUAGUUUUGUCUUUUAUAUAUCAUAAUAUUUCAAUAAAAUGAAGUAUAUACCUUUUAAUAGCUAUGUUUGUUUUUCUGUGUUUAUAUGAUGGACUGCCUUGCAUUUUGAGCAUUUCGGGUCUGAUGUCCAAUAAAUAAUCGUCUUUGCAAA